AUGGGCCCUGCCGCCGGCCGGCCCCCGAUCGCGGUCCUCGCGGUGGUCCUCGCCUGUGCGGGCUGGCGCGCCGCCGAGGUUGGGCUGCUGCCCCCCGAGGGCUCGCCUGCCUGGCUGGAGGCGGUGUGCCCAGUGGUGCCCCAGUGCCCGACCUGCCCGGCCUGCUCGUGCCCGCAGGUAGAGCUGCAAGGCCCAUCGCCUGGAGAGCAGGAGGAGGAGUGGUACAGUGACCUGUCCCCUGGCCAGUACGUGGCCAUGGAGUACGAAGGCGACGACGUAGAUCACGAAAGGAUCCUGCUCUAUCCUCUCGGCGGCGGAGUUUGGUGUAUUCGAACACCAGACGGCGAUGAGUACUUCCAGGACGUGGCCUGCCAGGGCGCGUCGGACGGUCCUGUGCGUUGCCGCUUGCUGCCCGCCGAUGGCUCGCUGCCGCCUGGGGCUAGAGGCCGAGGGCGGCGUAAGCUGUACCGCUUCCCGGAGCGGGUCGGUGCCGUGGAGCUGCGAGAGGGCAUCCUAUGGGGCCGUAGCGCUUGCGAGGCGGAGUGCCGCCCUGGCCAGCGACCCGUGGUGCCCGAGCGCGUGCAGGAGCCCGCUGGCGGGCUGACCCCGAUCGGGCGUUUCUUCGGUGGCAGCUUCCCGCACGCGCCGGGAGUGCGGCUUCGAGGCAAGCAGCCGCUGACUGCGGCUCUGGUCGCGCGGCCCAGGCCCGAGGUGGCACUUGGCGGCACGGCCGCGCCCGAGGUGGACAUCCGCAAGGCGACGUUCGUUGGCGCGUCGGACACCUCGGGGCUGAUCUUCGUGGACGACGGCUUCGCCAGAGUGAGGCGCAUGCCAGUCGAGGACGUACCCGAGUACGCCGACACUCGCACCGCCGAGCUGCGCCGUCGCCUGGGGCUGCCAGGAGCGGGCGCCGAGGCGGACCUUCGAGAUCGCCUGGCUCGCCCACCGCUGCCGCCGCCCGCCGAGGCGCCCGCCCAGGCUGGGGAGGCCGCCGCGGCGCCGAUCAAGAGUGAGGAUGUCAGGCUGCCCGCGGUGGACUUCGACGGCCAGGGCGAGCGCUUCAAGCCUUGGCGCGAGGCGGUGCAUGAAAGUAGCCAGGAGGAGUUCAGUAACCAGCC